AUGAUCUACGAUGCCGAUGAGGAGGUCUAUCAAGUACCCGACGCUGUUCUCCCAAGACCCGAGAGCGCAAAAGGUCGUCAAAAAGAGUCCGCCCUGCGCUUCGACUUCGAAGAGAACCCUUUCUCAUUCCGAGUGCUGCGCGGGGAUGAAGUGCUCUUUGACACUUCUGACACCAACGUCAUCUUCCAAUCUCAGUACUUGAGCUUGCGCACUUGGCUUCCUAAUGAUCCGAAUCUGUAUGGUCUAGGGGAACACAGUGAUUCGCUGCGUCUGCCUACUACUAAUUAUACUCGCACUAUCUGGAACCGUGAUGCAUACACCAUCCCUUCUAACUCAAACCUCUACGGUGCUCAUCCUAUUUACGUUGAUCACCGUGGAGAGAAGGGUACCCACGGGGUCUUCUUUUUGAAUUCGAACGGCAUGGACAUCAAGAUUGAUCAGACUGCUGAUGGCAAACAAUACCUCGAGUAUAACACACUUGGCGGAGUCCUAGACUUCUACUUUAUGGCCGGCCCGACCCCAAAGGAAGUGAGCGAGCAGUACUCUGAGGUCGUCGGUCUUCCUGUGAUGCAAAGCUACUGGACAUUCGGGUAUCACAACUGCCGAUAUGGCUACCAGGAUGUGUUCGACGUCGCCGAGGUAGUUUACAACUACAGCCGUGCUGGAAUCCCACUCGAGACCAUGUGGACCGACAUUGACUACAUGAGUGGUCGACGGGUAUUUACUCUAGACGAUGAGCGGUUUCCUGUCGACAAGAUGCGCGAGUUGGUUUCGUAUCUUCACAAGCAUGACCAGCACUACAUUGUCAUGGUCGAUCCGGCCGUCAGUAACUCUGACAACGAUGCUUUCAAACGAGGCCACGAGCAGGGCGUCUUCCUCUACCGUGACAAAGAACAGAACAAACUCUACGAAGGCGCCGUCUGGCCCGGCCUAACCGUCUACCCAGACUGGUUCAACAAAGACACGCAGACCUACUGGAACACAGAAUUCGAGCGAUUCUUCAGCGCAAGAGACGGCGUCGACAUCGACGGUCUAUGGAUCGACAUGAACGAGGUUUCCAACUUCUGCCCGUAUCCCUGUAAGGACCCAGCAGAGUACGCCACGGCGAACGACCUUCCCCCAGCGCCUCCGCCCGUCCAAUCGCCUCCCCGUCAUAUCCCCGGUUUCCCGGCUGAUUUCCAGCUCGGCUCUUCUUCAUCUGGGGCUUCUUCCUCACGCCAUGGGAAGAGAGAUGACGCUGUCGUCGAGAAAUGUAGCCAGGAUGCAAAGAAAAACAAGGUCGGCUUGUCUGGUCGAGACCUUGUUAACCCGCCUUAUCAGAUCUCCAACGAGGCUGGCUCAAUCAGCAAUAAGACAAUUGAUACUGAUCUCAUUCAUGCCGGCGAGGGAUACGCUGAGUAUGACACGCACAAUCUCUAUGGAACUAUGAUGAGCUCGGCUUCCCGCAAGGCAAUGUUGAAGCGUCGACCCAAUGUGCGACCUCUGAUCAUCACGCGUAGCACCUUCGCCGGAGCAGGCUCUCAGGUCGGCCACUGGCUCGGUGACAAUGUCAGCCAGUGGGAUAAAUACCGCAUCUCAAUCCCGCAGAUGCUAGCCUUUGCCUCAAUUUUCCAGAUCCCUAUGGUCGGCAGCGACGUCUGCGGCUUCGCGGGAAAUACGACCGAAGAGCUAUGCGCGCGCUGGGCAAUGCUCGGCGGCUUCUAUCCGUUCUAUCGGAACCACAAUGAGUUCGGCACCGUGCCACAGGAAUUCUACCGCUGGCCUACUGUGACACAGGCCGCGAAAAAAAUCAUCGAUAUCAGAUAUCGUCUCCUCGAUUACCUUUAUACUUCUUUCCAUCGUCAGACCUUGACGGGAAGUCCGUUCCUCCAGCCGCUUUUCUAUAUCUACCCCGAGGAUCGCAAGACCUUUGGCAAUGAGCUGCAGUUCUUCUACGGUGAUUCCAUUCUCGUUUCACCUGUCUCGGAAGAGGGUUCUACCUCUGUGGACGCCUAUUUCCCCGAGGAUCUUUUUUAUGAUUGGUUCACUGGUGUUGCAGUGCAGGGCGAUGGAUCUGUGCAGACGAUAACUGAUCUCGCUAUUACGGAUAUCCCGAUUCAUAUUCGUGGUGGGAGCAUCAUCCCGCUUCGGACGGCGAGUGCGAAGACUACGACUGAUCUGCGCAAGCGUGGCUUUGAGGUUCUCAUUGCGCCCGGUGUUGAUGGAUCCGCGGAGGGUGAGCUGUACAUUGAUGAUGGUGAGUCAAUUCAGCCGGAUAGCGCGGCGGAGAUUCAGUUCAAGUACCGCAAUGGCAAGCUUGAGAUUCUGGGUCGGUUUGGGUAUCGGCCUCAUGUGGUUGUUGAGGCUGUAACGCUGCUUGGGCAGAAGAAUAAGUGUCGGGAUAUUGGGUCUGAUGCUCAGAGCCCGAGUGUGACAAAGAAAGUCCAGAUUGAGUUGACUGGGCCGGCUGAGGUGACUCUGUAUCCUCUCAAGUAA